UGAGGAGUCACGUUUUUUUGUCUUUGUUCCAGAAACAUCUAUUUUACAUGUCUUCCUGAGUUCAGGGUGAUCCGUCUCCCCCGGUCCUGUGAAGAGUUCUCUGGUUUCCUUAGGCCUCCUCCACCUCUCAGACAGCAGCCAUGAACUGGUCGGCGUUGGAGGCCCUCCUCAGUGGCGUCAACAAAUACUCCACUGCGUUCGGCCGAGUCUGGCUAUCCAUAGUGUUUGUCUUCCGUGUCAUGGUGUUUGUCGUAGCUGCCCAGAGGGUGUGGGGCGACGACAGCAAGGAAUUUGUCUGCAACACGGCCCAGCCUGGAUGCAAUAACGUCUGCUACGACCACAUCUUCCCCAUCUCCCAUAUCCGCCUCUGGGCCCUGCAGCUCAUCUUCGUCACCUGCCCGUCCCUGAUGGUGAUGGGGCAUGUCAAGUAUCGUGAGAAGAAGGACUUGAAGUACACCACCUUGCACAAGGGUGCCCACCUGUAUGCCAACCCUGGGAAGAAACGGGGAGGUCUGUGGUGGACAUACCUGGUGAGUCUGAUCUUCAAAGCCAGCUUUGACGCCGGCUUCCUCUACAUCCUUCACCGUGUAUACGAAGGUUACGACAUGCCCCGCCUCUCCAAGUGCUCCCUGGAUCCCUGCCCCAACGUAGUGGAUUGCUACAUUUCCCGUCCCACAGAGAAGAGGAUCUUCACCCUCUUCAUGGUGGUCUCCUCGGCCCUCUGCAUCUUCAUGUGCAUCUGUGAGAUGAUUUACCUCAUCUGCAAACGCAUCCAGAAGUUCCUCAGGAAGAAGAAGGAGGCCGAGCAGAGGAUGUUCGCAGAGAGCCACGAGCUUUCGCCGUUGGCCCGGCCGAGGUCAGAGUUCAGGUCAAACACAUCGCUCAGAGUAGAUCCCACCAACACGGCGUCCAUCCAGAACCUCAGUAAUAACAAGGUGGAGGAUGGGGCGUCUGAGAAAAAAUGAACCAUAUGACAAGCACCUGGGUUGGAAGACUGAUGGAGGGGGCCUGUGUCGUUUGUAAAAUGAUAUCAUACAGGAAGACAUUUUCAGCAGCUGUACCGAGGUGAACGUGCCACUCCGUCCUCUCUGAAAUCUCCAUACGAACCUGUGUAAAUAUUAAUGUAAUAUGAACGUAAUUACUUCUCUGGAAUUCGAGUGUGAGUUAUCUAAAGCUAAAGGUCGGGUUGUUAACUCAGGAGUUUUAUCAAAAAAGAAUAUGAGAAUGCAAUAUGUAUAGCUGAGAAAAUGUGCCUGUAUCUAUCCCACCUAGCUAUUUGAAUAUAGAAUGAUUUUUAUGAAGAUAUGCAUUGCCCACAAAUGAUAAGAACUUGAUUGUAAAACUAACACAGAGCAUUCGCUUGAAAACUUGUGGUAUGAAGUUAUCAAAAGUUGCAUUUUGUAUGUUCUUUGCUCCCCCAAACAGGUUUUAAACCCCCCUUUGUGUAUAGUCUCCUUUUAUGUAAACCCCUGAUAGCGGUAGAAUAUAAAAUGGAGGCCUAUAAUGACAUCUAACGAUGACGACAAAGGGCGAUCACCCUCGCCAGUUCUCGUUUUCUUUUCAAGAAAACGGUAACAAAUCAGAAUUUAUUUUGUUUUACAUUUUCUAUUUAUUGCUGUGAUAUAUAAUUGUUCACAAAUGGUUUACUCGUGUCUUUAUUUGAGACUCUUUAAAAAACAAUACAAGAACAUGUUGAACUAUAUCUCUUAUUUUAACAAGCAAUUAAGCUGAGCUUGAUGAAGAUUGAAUGAGAGAAUAUAUAAUACAGUUCAGAAAUAAAUAAAAAAUA